UUCACUUGUUCAAUUCGUUGUUCAUAGAGAACCAUGACAUCGCCGGCAACAUUAGACUGUAACGAUGACACCGCUGCAUUUGGUUUGGACACCUAUCUUAAACAUUAUUACCCAGAUUUAGACAAAUCCUCUGACGAGUCUCUGGUCAAUAUAUUUCUACUUGACAGUCUACAUGACAUUUUCAAUUCUGUGGGAGUAUCUGGCAAUCGGCUCAUUGACAUUGGUGCUGGGCCAUGCGUUUAUCAAUUCAUCUCGGCAUGUACAAAGUUCAAUGAAAUUGUUGCGACUGAUAUAGAUAAAGAUAACCAAGACGCUAUACAACGCUGGGUGAAUGAAGAUCCUGGUGCCUUUGAAUGGAAAUCAUUCGUGAAAUAUGUGUGUGAACUAGAAGGACAUCAAAAUACAGCGGACCGAGAAAAGCAAAUGCGUAAAACAAUACAAAACGUCACGUAUUGUGACUUUUCCAAAAAAUAUCCAGUUGGUUCGAGUGAUUCGCCGCUCUACGACUGUGUGCUGACAGGUUUUUGCAUUGAAUGCAUCAUCAACAGCCAACAACAAUGGGUACAAUACUUGAAGAAUGCGUCGAACCUACUCAAGAGUGGUGGGUGGUUUGUACAACUUUGCAUGCCAGCUGAUUUUUACAUGAUUGGAGAUACCCGGAUGUCAUGUUUCAAGGUUGAUGAAGAGUUUGUACUAAAGGCAUUAAAGGAGGCUGGCUUCAUGGUUGUGAAAAGUUAUCUCACGAAACACACUUCUACGCGUAGCUAUAUGAACUAUGAAUUCACAAUGGUGGUUUUAGCAAGAAAACUAUAAUAGCAAUUUCAUUUACCAUAUUGCAGUUUCAAAUAUUUACUGUAUCAAUGAACCAGGAAAAGUUGCACUACGUGUUUUAUUGCAUGUACGUUCAAAAACAACAACAUAAUGUAUCAUUGUUUGAAGUAAGCAAAAGCCAAUUAAAUUGUAAACCUGUAUGAA